ACACAUCAUUUACUGAGCUUCUACUGCGUCCCAAGCAAUGUUCUGUGAUGGUGCCCGAGAUGCGUGGACUGAGCCCAGGCCGCAGGCUGCCAGAGCCCACCCCCUACCUGGCUGCAGGGAGUCCUGAGCCCACGCCCGCAGGCCACCACCGCCGCCAUGUGCUGGCCCUGCCGGAGGAGGAGGCAUGGAGGCCCCAGCAGUGCGCCCUGCUCGAGGCUGACGCCUCGGAUGAAGUGGGCAUGCUGCCGGCCUCCCCGCGCACCGCUGCCGGCAUCGACAACUUCUUCCCGGUGCAGGAGGGCGAGGGUCCUGGCUGGGAGGGUGGCGUGGCGCUAGAGGCGACUUCAAGCCCCUUCCUCCCCGUGAGCCCAGAGGUCAUGAAGCGGCGGCGUGGGGGCCUCAUCGAACAGCGCGACAUCAUCAAGGCCCACGAGGCACACAAAAUGCAGAGCACCCCGCAAGCCCGGCGCAAGGAGUGGGAGAUGGCUCGCUUCGGGGAGGCGGUGGUCGGCAGGCCGGGGUCGGGCGAUGGAGACUCGGACCAGAGCAGGAACCGGCAAGGAACCCCCGUGCCGGCCUCGGGGCCCGCAGCCGCCUACAAGCAGACGAAAGCGCAGAGGGCGCGGACUAUGGCUUUGUACAACCCCAUUCCCGUCCGGCAGAACUGUUUCACCGUCAACAGAUCCCUGUUCAUCUUCGGAGAAGAUAACAUUGUCAGGAAAUACGCCAAGAAGCUCAUCGACUGGCCGCCAUUCGAGUACAUGAUCCUGGCCACUAUCAUUGCCAACUGCAUCGUCUUGGCCCUGGAGCAGCAUCUUCCUGAGGACGACAAGACUCCCAUGUCCCGAAGACUGGAGAAGACAGAACCGUAUUUCAUUGGGAUCUUUUGCUUUGAAGCUGGGAUCAAGAUUGUGGCCCUGGGCUUCAUCUUCCAUAAGGGUUCAUACCUCCGCAAUGGCUGGAACGUCAUGGACUUCAUUGUGGUUCUCAGCGGCAUCCUGGCCACCGCGGGAACCCACUUCAACACCCAUGUGGACCUGAGGACCCUGCGGGCUGUGCGUGUCCUGAGACCCUUGAAGCUCGUGUCAGGGAUACCAAGCCUGCAGAUUGUGUUGAAGUCCAUCAUGAAGGCCAUGGUACCUCUUCUGCAGAUUGGCCUUCUGCUCUUUUUUGCCAUCCUGAUGUUUGCUAUCAUCGGCUUGGAGUUCUAUAGUGGAAAGUUACAUCGAGCGUGCUUCAUGAACAAUUCAGGUAUUCUAGAAGGGUUUGACCCCCCUCACCCGUGUGGCGUGCAGGGCUGCCCGGCUGGUUACGAAUGCAAGGACUGGAUCGGCCCCAAUGAUGGGAUCACACAGUUUGAUAACAUCCUUUUCGCCGUGCUGACUGUCUUCCAGUGCAUUACCAUGGAAGGGUGGACCACCGUGCUGUACAAUACCAAUGAUGCCUUAGGAGCCACCUGGAAUUGGCUGUACUUCAUCCCUCUCAUCAUCAUCGGAUCCUUCUUUGUUCUCAACCUAGUCCUGGGAGUGCUUUCCGGGGAAUUUGCCAAAGAGAGAGAGAGAGUGGAGAACCGAAGAGCUUUCAUGAAGCUGCGGCGCCAGCAGCAGAUUGAGCGUGAGCUGAAUGGCUACCGGGCCUGGAUAGACAAAGCAGAGGAAGUCAUGCUCGCUGAAGAAAAUAAAAAUGCUGGAACAUCUGCCUUAGAAGUGCUUCGAAGGGCAACCAUCAAAAGGAGCCGGACGGAGGCCAUGACCCGAGACUCCAGCGAUGAGCACUGUGUUGAUAUCUCUUCUGUGGGCACACCUCUUGCGCGAGCCAGUAUCAAAAGUGCAAAGGUGGAUGGGGCCUCCUACUUCCGGCACAAGGAAAGGCUGCUGCGCAUCUCUAUUCGCCACAUGGUUAAAUCCCAGGUGUUUUACUGGAUCGUGCUGAGCCUUGUGGCCCUCAACACUGCCUGUGUGGCCAUUGUCCAUCACAACCAGCCCCAGUGGCUCACCCACCUCCUCUACUAUGCAGAAUUCCUGUUUCUGGGACUUUUCCUCUUGGAGAUGUCCCUGAAGAUGUACGGCAUGGGGCCUCGCCUUUAUUUUCACUCUUCAUUCAACUGCUUUGAUUUUGGGGUCACAGUGGGCAGUAUUUUUGAAGUUGUCUGGGCAAUCUUCAGACCUGGUACAUCUUUUGGAAUCAGUGUCUUACGAGCCCUCCGGCUUCUAAGAAUAUUUAAAAUAACCAAGUAUUGGGCAUCCCUACGGAAUUUGGUGGUCUCCUUGAUGAGUUCCAUGAAGUCUAUCAUCAGUUUGCUCUUCCUCCUCUUCCUCUUCAUUGUAGUCUUUGCUCUCCUAGGAAUGCAGCUGUUUGGAGGCAGGUUUAACUUUAAUGAUGGGACUCCUUCAGCAAAUUUUGAUACCUUCCCUGCAGCUAUCAUGACUGUAUUCCAGAUCCUGACAGGUGAGGACUGGAAUGAGGUGAUGUACAAUGGCAUCCGCUCCCAGGGCGGGGUCAGCUCAGGCAUGUGGUCGGCCAUCUACUUCAUUGUCCUCACCCUGUUUGGAAACUAUACACUGCUGAACGUGUUCUUGGCCAUUGCUGUGGACAAUCUGGCCAAUGCUCAGGAGCUGACCAAGGAUGAACAGGAGGAAGAAGAGGCCUUCAACCAGAAACACGCACUGCAGAAGGCCAAGGAGGUCAGCCCGAUGUCCGCACCCAACAUGCCUUCUAUCGAAAGAGACAGAAGGAGAAGACACCACAUGUCGAUGUGGGAGCCACGCAGCAGCCACCUGAGGGAGCGGAGGCGCCGGCACCACAUGUCUGUGUGGGAGCAGCGCACCAGCCAGCUGAGGAGGCACAUGCAGAUGUCCAGCCAGGAGGCCCUCAACAAAGAGGAGGCCCCACCGAUGAACCCACUCAACCCCCUCAACCCACUGAGCCCCCUCAACCCGCUGAAUGCCCACCCCAGCCUCUACCGGAGACCCAGGGCCAUCGAGGGCCUGGCCCUGGGCCUUGGCCUGGAGAAGUGCGAGGAGGAACGUGUCAGUCGUGGGGGGUCCCUCAGGGGCGACGGAGGAGACCUGUCCAGCGCCCUGGACAACCAGAGGAGCCCCUUGUCCCUGGGCAAACGGGAACCACCAUGGCUGGCCAGAUCCUGUCAUGGGAACUGUGACCCGACCCAGAGGGAAGCUGGGGGAGGAGAAGCCGUGGUGACCUUCGAGGACCGGGCUAGGCACAGGCAGAGCCAGAGGCGCAGCAGGCACCGCCGUGUCAGAACGGAAGGCAAGGACUCCACCUCGGCCUCUCGGAGCAGGUCUGCCAGCCAGGAACGCAGCCUGGAUGAGGCUGUGCCUGUGGAGGGGGAGAAGGACCACGAUCCCAGGGGUGGCCAUGGUGGCAAGGAGCCAACUAUCCAAGAAGAGAAAGCCCAGGAUUUGAGGAGGACCAACAGUCUGAUGGUACCCAGAGGCUCCGGGCUGGCAGGAGACCUUGAUGAAGCUGACACACCCCUAGUCCUACCCCAUCCUGAGCUGGAGGUGGGGAAGGACGCGGUGCUAACGGAACAGGAGCCGGAAGGCAGCAGCGAGCAAGCUCUCCUGGGGGAUGUGCAGCUGGACAUGGGUCGGGCCAUCAGCCAGAGUGAGCCCGACCUCUCCUGCAUCACAGCCAACACAGACAAGGCUGCCACUGAGAGCACCAGUGUCACUGUUGCCAUCCCUGACGUGGGCCCCUUGGUGGACUCGACAGUGGUGCACAUUAGCAACAAAACCGAUGGAGAAGCCAGUCCUUUGAAAGAGGCCGAGGUCAAAGAGGAUGAGGAGGAGGUGGAGCAGAAGAAGCAGAAAAAAGAGAAACGCGAGACAGGCAAAGCCAUGGUGCCCCACAGCUCUAUGUUCAUCUUCAGCACCACCAACCCGAUUCGGAGGGCUUGCCACUACAUCGUGAACCUGCGCUACUUUGAGAUGUGCAUUCUCCUGGUGAUCGCAGCCAGCAGCAUCGCCCUGGCAGCAGAGGAUCCCGUCCUGACCAACUCAGAGCGCAACAAAGUUCUGAGGUAUUUCGACUAUGUUUUCACUGGCGUGUUUACCUUUGAGAUGGUUAUAAAGAUGAUAGACCAGGGCUUGAUCCUGCAGGAUGGGUCCUACUUCCGAGACCUGUGGAACAUCCUGGACUUUGUGGUGGUGGUUGGUGCAUUGGUGGCCUUCGCUCUGGCGAAUGCCUUGGGAACCAACAAGGGGCGGGACAUCAAGACCAUCAAGUCCUUGAGGGUGCUGCGAGUUCUGAGGCCACUGAAAACCAUCAAGCGCUUGCCCAAGCUCAAGGCUGUCUUCGACUGCGUGGUGACCUCGUUGAAGAAUGUCUUCAACAUACUCAUUGUCUACAAGCUCUUCAUGUUCAUCUUCGCUGUCAUCGCAGUUCAGCUCUUCAAGGGAAAGUUCUUUUAUUGUACAGACAGUUCCAAGGACACAGAGAAGGAGUGCAUAGGCAACUAUGUAGAUCAUGAGAAAAACAAGAUGGAGGUGAAGGGUCGGGAAUGGAAGCGCCAUGAAUUCCACUACGACAAUAUUAUCUGGGCCCUGCUGACCCUCUUCACUGUCUCCACGGGGGAAGGAUGGCCUCAAGUUCUACAGCAUUCUGUAGAUGUAACAGAGGAAGACCGAGGCCCAAGCCGCAGCAACCGCAUGGAGAUGUCCAUCUUUUAUGUGGUCUACUUUGUGGUCUUCCCUUUCUUCUUUGUCAAUAUCUUUGUGGCUCUCAUCAUCAUCACCUUCCAGGAGCAAGGAGACAAGAUGAUGGAGGAAUGCAGCCUGGAGAAGAAUGAGAGGGCGUGCAUCGACUUUGCCAUCAGUGCCAAACCUCUCACCCGCUACAUGCCACAGAACAGGCACACCUUCCAGUACCGCGUGUGGCACUUCGUGGUGUCUCCAUCCUUCGAGUACACCAUCAUGGCCAUGAUCGCCUUGAACACUGUCGUGCUGAUGAUGAAGUAUUACUCUGCUCCCUGUACUUAUGAGCUGGCCCUAAAGUACCUGAAUAUUGCCUUCACCAUGGUGUUUUCCCUGGAAUGCGUCCUAAAGAUCAUCGCUUUUGGCUUCUUGAACUAUUUCCGAGACACCUGGAAUAUCUUUGACUUCAUCACUGUAAUUGGCAGUAUCACAGAAAUUAUCCUGACAGACAGCAAGCUGGUGAACACCAGUGGCUUCAACAUGAGCUUUCUGAAGCUCUUCCGAGCUGCCCGUCUCAUAAAGCUCUUGCGUCAGGGCUACACCAUACGUAUUUUACUUUGGACCUUUGUGCAGUCCUUCAAGGCCCUUCCUUACGUCUGCCUUUUGAUUGCCAUGCUGUUCUUCAUUUAUGCUAUCAUUGGGAUGCAGGUAUUUGGAAACAUAAAAUUAGAUGAGGAGAGUCACAUCAACCGGCACAACAACUUCCGGAGUUUCUUUGGGUCCCUAAUGCUACUCUUCAGGAGUGCCACAGGUGAGGCCUGGCAGGAGAUUAUGCUGUCAUGCCUUGGGGAGAAAGGCUGUGAGCCUGACACCACUGCACCAUCAGGGCAGAACGAGAACGAGCGCUGCGGCACCGAUCUGGCCUACGUUUACUUUGUCUCCUUCAUCUUCUUCUGCUCCUUCUUGAUGCUCAACCUGUUCGUGGCCGUCAUCAUGGACAACUUUGAGUAUCUGACUCGGGACUCCUCCAUCCUGGGACCUCACCACUUGGAUGAGUUUGUCCGUGUCUGGGCAGAAUAUGACAGAGCUGCAUGUGGCCGCAUCCAUUACACUGAGAUGUAUGAAAUGCUGACUCUCAUGUCACCUCCGCUAGGCCUCGGCAAGAGAUGUCCCUCCAAAGUGGCAUAUAAGAGGUUGGUCCUGAUGAACAUGCCAGUAGCUGAGGACAUGACGGUUCACUUCACCUCCACACUUAUGGCUCUGAUCCGUACAGCUCUGGACAUUAAAAUUGCCAAAGGUGGUGCAGACAGGCAGCAGCUAGACUCGGAGCUACAAAAGGAGACCCUGGCCAUUUGGCCUCACCUUUCCCAGAAGAUGCUGGACCUGCUUGUGCCCAUGCCCAAAGCCUCUGACCUGACUGUGGGCAAAAUUUAUGCAGCAAUGAUGAUCAUGGACUACUAUAAGCAGAGCAAGGUGAAGAAGCAGAGGCAGCAGCUGGAGGAACAGAAAAAUGCACCCAUGUUCCAGCGCAUGGAGCCCUCAUCUUUGCCUCAGGAGAUCAUUGCUAAUGCCAAAGCCCUACCUUACCUCCAGCAGGACCCUGUCUCAGGCCUGAGUGGCCGGAGUGGAUACCCUUCGAUGAGUCCACUCUCCCCCCAGGAAAUAUUCCAGUUGGCCUGUAUGGACCCCACCGAUGAUGGACAGUUCCAGGAGCAGCAGUCUCUGGAGCCAGAGGUUAGUGAAUUAAAAAGCGUGCCGCCCUCUAAUCAUGGCAUCUACCGUCCUUCGGACACCCAGGAGCAUGCGGGAUCUGGGAGGGCAUCCUCUAUGCCACGUCUGACUGUGGAUCCCCAGGUGGUGACAGAUACCAGCUCCAUGAGACGUUCAUUUUCCACUAUUCGGGACAAGCGUUCCAAUUCCUCAUGGUUGGAGGAAUUCUCCAUGGAGAGAAGCAGUGAAAACACUUACAAGUCCCGUCGCCGGAGUUACCACUCCUCCCUGCGACUGUCUGCUCACCGCCUGAACUCCGACUCAGGCCACAAGUCCGACACCCACCGCUCUGGGGGCAGGGAGCGGGGACGAUCAAAAGAGCGAAAGCAUCUUCUCUCCCCUGAUGUCUCCCGCUGCAAUUCAGAGGAGCGAGGGACCCAGGCUGACUGGGAAUCCCCAGAGCGCCAUCAGUCCAGGUCACCCAGUGAGGGCAGGUCACAGACCCCCAACAGACCGGGCACAGGUUCCCUAAGUGAAAGCUCCAUCCCCUCCGUCUCUGACACCAGCACCCCAAGACGAAGUCGUCGGCAGCUCCCACCUGUCCCACCAAAGCCCCGGCCCCUCCUUUCCUACAGUUCCCUGAUGCGACAUGCUGGCAGCAUCUCUCCGCCCGCUGAUGGAAGUGAGGGGGGCUCUCCACUGACCUCCCAAGCCCUGGAGAGCAACAACCCUUGCCUGACCGAGUCUUCCAACUCCCCACACCCCCAGCAGGGCCAACAUGCCUCCCCACAGCGCUACAUCUCUGAGCCCUACCUGGCCCUGCACGAAGACUCCCACGCCUCGGACUGUGGCGAGGAGGAGACGCUUACCUUCGAGGCAGCUGUGGCCACCAGCCUGGGUCGUUCCAAUACCAUCGGCUCGGCCCCGCCCCUGCGGCACAGCUGGCAGAUGCCCAAUGGGCACUAUCGGCGGCGGAGGCGUGGGGGACCCGGGCCAGGCAUGAUGUGUGGGGCUGUCAGCGACCUCCUAAGUGACACGGAAGAAGAUGACAAAUGCUAGAGGCUGCUCCCCCCUCCGAUGCAUGCUCUUCUCUCACAUGGAGAAAACCAAGAUCGAAUUGGGAAGGCAGUGCGGCCCGGGGGGGAGGAAGGGGGAGAAGGAAGACGAAAGGACACCAUGCAGUUCCGGAGCAGAGGACGUCAAGGACAAUCGGAACACCAGUCAAACCCACCCAAUUGCUUUAUUCCCCUUUGCAAAUGGGCACUGCCAUAGUUCUGCCUCUUUGCUGGGGAAAGAAAACACGGGAACGUGGAGGGUUAUUCUCCCAUGGGAGAAGGGACAUGAGGAUGGCUUUGCUUCCCCCUACCCCUUCCCACAUUUCUAACAGCCGUGGAGGGAUCUAACUGGCCUGUGUCAACGCUCACUGCCCUGAGAAGCCCAAAAGGACUUUUCUGGCUCCUAACUGGGGAGUAGUGGAGACCACAGGAGAGGAAUCUUCUCCCUCACCAGCUCUUACGCCUCAGCCAGCACCACUGCCACCAGGGCAACUGCAACAGCAUCUCACGCGUUAUCCUGUGGCUUGCUUCCCCCAAAGAAGCACAGGUGAAAUCAGGAGCACCAGAUGCCGAGGAGAGGAGUCAGGGAGGGGAGAACUCUGCAGUGGAAGGGGUCAGGGUGCUGUGGCACCAACAGCAAGGGCUGGUCUGGGUGAGAAAAGCCAUAGCCCAGCAGCCCCUACCAUGAGGGAGAGGGUCAAAGAAACAGGACUGGUGGUGCUGGAGGGGUCCAGCCCCCCAUUCUUGAGGCCUGUCACCCAUGCACUAGGUGCUGUGUUAGGACAGGGGAGGAGGCCCCAUGGGGUCCACAGAGUAGCCCAAGACUCUGGUAAGGGUGAUGUUAAACGUGUUUAACAACCCCUCCGGCCAGGGCACCAACCUAAGCAGAGUUUGGUUGCAGUGCUGGAGCUCAUGCUGUUCCAGGCAUUGGCCCUCAAAAUGCUGGUCAUGGGGGAACCCUGAGAGUGGGGACAGGGUGGCAGAAGGCACCUAAGGGACUCAAAGCAGAGGCUGUUUUCCAACCAGUAUAGAAACAAUUCAGUAUGCCUAGGGCCAUACCAGCAUAUCCUGGCUGAACAUCAGCCCUCACUCUGGUCUGGAAGGCAGGGGCCUCCCUGCCAAGCAACAAGGCCCACGCUGUGCCAAGCCCAGCGAGGCCACGUGCCCAGCCUUCCCUGCCGCUCCCCGAGCAGGCAGAACACACAUAUCCAAAUGGGCCACCCAUCACCAGGAAGGGACUUCUAUAAACAUGAGAAAAGCUGAUAGGUUGAAACAAGGGAAGCUUCCAUGAAAGAGUCUGAAUUUACAGAGGCCCUCUCGUGAGGAAGAGCCUGUAGCUUCUGCAGCUGGUUUGGGGUUGAGGGUCAGUUGGUCAGGAUGCUUUAAGGUGAUUAGUAAAUAUACCUCAGCUUAGACCUGGGCUGCUCCUUCAUAUGGCUCUGAUGGGGCCCCAGUCACUUUGAAUAUUUCUCUGUGCCAGGAUAGGGCUUCACUUCUUCCCAGAGUAAGAGCUGAGAAGAAGACAGCCUCACCGUGUCAUUCCUGAUGCCCAAAUGCAGAAGAAGUGAGAAGAGGAGAGCUCUUUCUUGCUAGCCAGUGCUCCUUUGGUAUAAGUAUAUAGCUUCCUUCAGGGGAACACAUCACUGGCUAUAUCUGGUAGAAAUACACCAUUCCCGUAAGUCCCUCCCAGUGCCAUCACAGCAGGUGAAUGGGUUCCCUGGAGAGGGUGCCAGGCAGAAGCAGAUGGAACCUGGCACCCAGGAUCCUCCAGAGGAAGAUUCUGAGGACCCUGGCAUGGAGAGCUUUGUGGAUAAAGGAUAAACACUCAUUUUUAUCUUCUUCCAGCCCAGAUAGACUCCACCUCUUGGGUAGGAGCAGCUCAGCAUUGUUAUUUUUCUCAAGAAGGAGCCUCUUUUUUUCUUACAAAGUUCUUUUUUUCCAAUUGAAAUAGAAAUAAGGCUUAGCUGCAUCAGCCCUGAAAAGCCAAAUUCAUGUCGUGGCCCUGCCUUCUCUCCUGGAUUUUGACGAAGCUCCAUGACCCAUGGUCAGCCCCUGAACCAAAGUAGUCCCAAUACCGGAAGCCAGCGAGGCCAAGACAAAGCUCUCCCACUCUCAGACCCUCUUCCAUCUUCAUCUCCCUUUCCUACUUAGUACAUGUGUGCUUAAGGGUGGCUGGGAAUGUGAACUUGACUACAGCACCCUGAUCCUAACAGGUGCGAUCAUUACUUAAGACUCCGAAGCAGGGCCUUGUAUUGUUUCUAAGGUUUCCUCUACUCAGCGUCAUUUCAUGCCAAAGUGCUGCAACGGGCUGCUUCGUGUGCACAAAAUUGCUUUUUUUCACAUCGAAAAUGCAGCUUUCCCUAGGGAAAGGCCUACAACAGGACGAUCAUUCUGAGCCAGCAAGUAUAUCGCAUGGUGUUGGGAGAAAGGGAAUUGUGGUGACACCUUAUGCCAUUUUAACAGUAGGAGAAAUCCAAGCUGGCAAGCAAUUCCCAGAAAUGGAAUUUACCAGCAAACAGUAGUAGGAGCACUAAAUUUACUGUGCCAGGAAACCUUCCUGGAUACUUAGACCCCUUGAAGUCAUGCACACACACAAGUAUUUGAGUCCUGAAUAAGUGUGGUAAAGUGCUGCUGAUGCGAUUGCCUGGCCGGUUGACCACCUGUUUUUUCUAGUACCUAUGAACUUACUGCUUUUAUUCAACUUCCCCUGACCAAGAAAUCAGGUUUCUUUUCCUUUAGCCUACAUUUACUCUUCUAUUAAGACCAGAAAAUAAAAGAAUUUUCUGUUAAGUCACAAACUCAUUAUCAUAAUCUUCUUUGGUUUCCUACUGCAGCUGAAUAAAUGUGAGUACCGACCUUCCCUCUCAUAGCCAGCUAGGACUUUCCUGCCUAGGCAACAGGUUCUGCCUCUUCCUUUUCCCUUGAAGGAGGUCCUAUAGAUCUCAAAUCCCAUAUUCUUUCUCAUUAAAAAUUAAAUUCCAUGCAAAUACUACAGCCAGUGUUUGAGAUACACCACAUGAUCAAAUUUGGCCACUGGAGGUCCCCCCAGAAGGUUCUUUAGUCAUAGUUCAGUUUUCCUUGCCAAUAUGUCUUUACUAUCUUGAAAUAAGAGUGAAAAUGAGAGGGAGGAAGGAAGGUAAAAGAAGGGAGGAAAAGAAACCAAGGCAGAUAGCUAAACUAGGUUUGUGUUUAGAGAUCCUUCUCUUAAGGCUCUAGACAGACUUUGGGUGGAGAAUGCAAGAUCUGUCUCUUUCUCUGUGCCUCUUUCCCUCUCUCUCCAUCUCCAAAAGGACAGAGUGCCAACAGGCCUUCAGACAUGGGGACAGGGCCCCAGCCAAGAUAUCUUGCGAGUCAGGGGCAGCAAACAAUUUCCAGCCCUGUAAAGGGGUUGGCCCUCUAGUGUCCCCCAGGCUCCAUACAGGCUGUGAGCACAGUUGCUCAAUUGCAGGGGAAGGUUACCACCUUUUAGCUGAAGAGUGUGUUUCUGUUCUGGGCUUUAUUUGUACUCCCCACUCAAUGUCCCUGUAGGGCACUGAAAUCACCAAGAAUGUUUCCCUGAAGCUGAACUCCAGAUUCUGUCUUCUUUUGACUCUGGGGCCACAAAGAGAAGACCCCAUAUUCCACCUUUUAGUCAGCAUCUCUUCCCUACACUGAUCCUUUCCCCUACCAUAGAGCCUACGUGGUGAGCCCGGGUGUCCUCUGUUCUCCUAUCAUGACUUCUAUUUUGCUGCAUGUUAGCAUUGACCCAGCUCCUAAAAUGGUUAAAUCCACUCAUUCCAAGCUAUUUGCUGGCCUGAUUGCUUCUGCCACACCCUCAGCUAUGGGGAAGGCUGCAUUCUAAUGAAAUCUGGUGAUCUUCAUCAGAUGAUUGAAACGGUGUAAGCUGUGGGAACUGUGGGGUGGGUGUGGGUAUGUAUGAAAUGUCCACAGACUGGACAAAAGCUCCCUAUAGGGAAAUAAGGACUCUCCUGGCAUAAUGGAACAAAAUCUUAAAUAGUUUUGAUUUUUAAAAAAUCAAAACUCCGUUUUUCAUUACAUCUCAUUUCUGAAGCCUGCUCUGUGUGUUUCAUUUUUGUACACUGUGUUUCUUUAAUGGGUGGAGCCAGAAACAAGUUGAGAGAUUCUUUGAUUUCUCAGCUCAGUUGUAUAAAUAUUAUGAGGUUAUAGUGUAAAGAAAGACCAAAUGUGUAGCAAAGGGGGAGAAGAUACUCAUCUACCUUUCAGGGAUUUUUAUGAGAUUUGAAGGUUGAGAAAUUUUCACUGCUAUUUUUGUUCAGUUUCACAUCUGUCAUGUUCUGGGACCCUUGAAGGCCUGGCUGGGACAGCAUAACAAGAAUCCUGGUAAGGAGAGGCCUUGGGGCAGACUCUCUUUCACUAGCUCUCUCACCCAUACUGCCAGUCCUUCCCUCCUGGAUUUCAGAGCAUCAUGUGCCAACCAGGAGGAGUAGGAGAGGACUUUAUGAUGCAGGAAGGAAGGAAGAAGUGGGCCCCUUGCGAGUGGCCAGUCAGGGUACAGUGUGACUCCUGGCAAGAGUCUCUAAGGAAUCAGGUCCAGGUUUGGAUAUCUUUAAAACAUCUCCAUCCUGAGACGUUUAUUUUAACAAAAGCCAAACAAAAUUAACUCAGGGGUUAUGACCUAACCUUUGCAUGAAGGUGAUCAAGGAGAUCCACUUUAAAUAAGCACUGUCUGUGCCAGUUUCUUUACUUUCUAAACCAUCUCAUACAUCAUAGCCAGGGCUACACCAAAUAGAGCAGCAACUGAUGACUUCUAUGCUGGCUUCAGCGGGAGGGCUCAGGUACAGACUGCUAGGGGUGUUUUGUCAGCUGUCAUGUACUUACAGCUUACCUAAUCAGAGUACAUAGACAUACCACUUGGGGGACAGAAGACUAAGAACAGAAAGAACUAUCUGUGGUUUCUGGUGGCUCUCUUUGUCUUUCCUUGAAUCCUUUCUGCUUUGACCUUCUGAGGUCAUCCCAGAGAGGUCACACCAAGCCAAAGAGACCAUUCAUAGACCAUCCCAACCUACCCAAAGGGUCUGAAAAGUGUCUCUGACAAAGCCAGUUGGUUGGGAAGUAAGAAUGAAGCUACGGUAACAUCUAAUCAAUGGCUGGUGAGGCUGGGGUGCCCUCAAAUUGCUUUUUUUUUCGUCUUGCUCCUUCACCCACCCUCUCUCUCUCCAUGCUAUAAACAGGGAGGUUAGUAUCUUGACCUUCUAGAUGCAAAAAGAUUCUAUAAUAAGCCAUGCUACUAUGUAAAUAUAUUAUAGAGGUUUGAGUUCUUAUUUCUGAAGGUAUGAAAGAGUUGAGCAGAUCAGGUAGAAAGAGGUGCAAGAAUUUAUAUUUGGGGUUUUUUGUUUGGUUGAUGGCUGGACCUUUUAUAACAGAUCUGUUCUAGAACAGCAAAGAAUGAUAAAUUUGUGCUCUGCAAUGUUUCUGAAUCUACUUCUCUAUAGGAAUUCAUUUACAUCAAAUUUAAUGAUAUGAUAUUUCAGUCAAAAAUCUGAGGUUACAGUUUCAUCUUUUCUCUCUGGUCUUCUUUUUGUCGUCUUUCUCCUUCUGUCUCUCUAAGUUGACCUCUGUCUCUGUCUGUCUAUGUCCAUGUCUCUCUCUCUUUUCUAAGGACCUAAAAUAUAAUCUAGAUUAAUGAAAAACUGCCUUUCAAUGAAAGCCAAGGACAUAAUAGAAUAGAUAUAGAAUUUUUUCAGGACAUCUUUAACAAAUACAAAAUGUAUGUCUUGAUAAAAAGAUAAAUUUUUAAAUAGUAUAGUAAUGUGGUAAAUGAAAAUAAUUGGAAGUCAAAAAUAAUAAAUUAGAUUCCAGGCUUCUGUAAUAAUGUGUGCCUUCAGCAAACAUCUCUUUCUUUACCUUGUUAAGAAAUUCUAAAACUUGGCUAACUCAUGAAUAUGUCAAGUGUUUGUAAGUUAAUAGUACAUAUUUUAAAGGACUUAGUCUCCACAAAUCGGUUUAGAAAAACCUUUACUUGCUGUAUCUCACAAAGAACCUAUGAUUCUUGGCAUUACUAUAAGCAUUUAAGUUUUUCUGAAGUAACUUCAUGUUUAAUGGAACCUGAAUACAGGAUUUGCUUUUAUUUUACACUCUGUGCUGCCCAUUUUCCCUUCUUAUCAGCUCUUUAAUUUUGAAAAAAAUUUGGAUUUUUUUUUAAUCCAGGAAAUUGAGUUUUUAUGCUCUGAGCUACUUGGGUCAUCAUCUCUUUGUGAACAUGUGCACCCAUCAUAGGUCAGUUAACACAAGCUAACACUUAGGAUCUUUCCCCAGACAUCUUCUCCAGCCCAGCAAUGGAAAUCUGAAGGGAUGAUCUUUUGUUUCUUUUUUCAGUUCUGCAAGUUUGUUAGAGAUGGAUUGCUCUCUACAUUCUAGAACCAGAUCCUAGAAUCUGCACCAAGUAGUGCCAUUUUCUCUUCGGUUCACUCAGAGGAUGGCCCCCAAACUGCAAAGGAGAUAAAACCAGUAAAAAAAGGCCAAAUCUCAAUCUGACUUGAUUUGAUGACUCUAUAUUGUUUUCUUUCCAGUAUUCUGGUUUCUUAUGGCAAUGGAUUAUGCCACACAAGAACCCCCACUUACACAAAUCCUUUACAGAUCUUUAAAGGGGAUGAGCAGAAAAAAACACCCCAAAAUUUCAAAGUGCCAUUAAUCAGCUUCUAAAAAUAAAGGUAAUAUGAAAUGAGGGCUAAACAAUGUACUAUAACUGCCAGUUAAAGUAUACAGUAGUUGUGAUCUUAGUUACAUUUGAUAUGGAGUUGUAUAACGUUGGGCAGAUCCCAGCAGAUUUAGUAAAAACAUAGGUAUUAAAUUUUAAUGACUCCCAAUGAGGAUGUAUUCUUAGCCUGCAGGCUGAACUUUAGUCAGUGUUUUUCUAUCCUGAUGUUUUGUGAACAAGCCAAAAUUUAUACAAAGCCACCCUAAGUGCUGAAAUUGCAGAGGAACUUUGCUCUUGGUGCCAUUAGAGAGCAGUCCAACUCCACUCAAACUGAGUCCAAGAUUUGGAACGCGCCCAGAAAAACGGAGAAAAGCCUACUGCACCAAAUGUGUCUGGCAUUUCAUAACUGUGACAACCGAGUAGAGUGUAGGAAGGCAAGCUAUAGAACGAAAACAAGGUGAGGAGGAAAAUAUCACCAAGUCCCAGAAGAGGACGGCUUAGAGAUGUAUGACUUUGGAUCCUCUUUCUCACUUAGAUUAUGAGUAAACUACUUAGCACAAGACUGGAUUCAGGGUUCUCUCUGUUAAACCCACUUAGGGUCGUGGAUUUGGAAGCCACAGAAGAUUCAUAGAUUUCUGAAAAUUUUUCCAAACCUUGGAGAUAGAGAGUAAAGGAGAUUCUUACUUUAAAGCAGCUUGAAGACAAUCGUUAAAACUUCAGCAACUCUUUAAUAUAGUAGCACCAAUAAUGGAGAGAUUACACUAACCUUCCUAGUGUGUGGGACAGGGAUGAGCUUCAUCAGGAAUAGAUUCCAAACUUCUGCAGGGUGCACCGGUAACUGGCCUCCAAGAACCACAUGACAAGGCAGUGGACCACAGGGUCCUCAACCUCUGUCCUUUGGGACCUAUGGUCAGGCCAUUCCCUCCUUGAUUUGCUCUUAGAGGGUGAGCAUGUAAGAUGAGGUCUGGGGGAGAUUGGGUGCUCUGCCUCAGGCUGUUAAAAUGCUGCCACCUGCAUUCUAAAACGUGCAAAUCAAGCCCCAUGAGACACCCCCUAGGGGCAGCAUCCACUGUGGCAUGCCAGCCUGACACCCUUGCAGUCAUGGUGUUUGAACGGCCGCCAAUGCUGGCCCGCCCAGAGGACCAGUGCAUCUCUCCUAAAGCCAGAGUUCAGCACUGCAUGUUGACCAGGUGGUAUCCUGUAAUAUAGAUGCUCGUUUGGAUCCAAAAGGAAAACCAUUAAAAAUGAAAGUUGAAAAACUUUAAUGUUGGGGGGGUCAAAGAAAAGAAUAAAUAAAUAAAACCUUGUUGUAAAGAA